AUGCAGAUGAAACUGCCUGAAGAAAGUGCAGACAGAACUGUCGAAAAGAAGCACAGACAGAACUGUCAGAAGGAAGUGCAGACGGAACUACCACAAGGAAGCGUAGACAAAACUACCACAAGAAAAUAUAGACGGAACUGCCACAAAGAAAUACAGAUGGAACUGGCGGAAGGAAGUGCAGACGAAACUGGCAGAAGAGAACACAGACAGAACUACCGGAAGAGAACGCAGAUGGAACUGCCGGAAGAGAACGCAGACGAAAUUGUCGCAAUAGUGCCCAACAACCGAAAAACUACUGAAAAUAUGGCAAAGUUUCGGAAAACUAUUGAAAAAAGCAAGAAAUACGGUGUGAAGUUCACUAAUAGAGAACCCUUGAGUAUAUUUAUCAGUUCAUCAAGUACCUUGUCAGAUCUAAAGAACAGCAUAUUGUCAAAGCUUGGGGUAUUUGGGAGCAAGUGGGUGAAUAAGUUAUUCUAUAAGAUUCCCAUCACAAUUGUGUCAACCGGUGUUAAGUAUGAUACGUUUGUGAUAGCAGCCGAUGAAGAUAUUCGAGUUCUGUUUCAUUGUCUUAGGAGCUUUCCAGAGGUCAGAAUACACGAGCUGUAUGCGAAGUUGGAGGUCGGUGUCGAUAGUUAUGGGGCAUCAGCUCCAGUUCUUCACUCGACUACCAUGGGCGGUGACUUUAGUUUGAUGGCUGCGGCCGAACCAACUGUUUCGAUCCGGCAUCAGACAUAUGAGGUGGAUAAUGAUUCUGGCAUUAUUCCUGAUGUUCUAGGGUUCGGGGAACCUGAUCGAGUUGAGAAUGUAAUUUGGGACGAUGACUCAGACCAGGAGCAUGUUGAUAUAAUUGGGGACAGUGAUGAUGAUACAGGUGCCAAUCCAUAUAGCAUGGCCCUUCAAAAUAAAGAGGAAGAUGUUUUGAGUGUGAAGGAUUAUAGCAUCCGUCGAGGUAUUGAGUACGGGGUCUUAGAGUCGGAUCAUCUAAAGUAUCAUGGGAAAUACAAGGAGUUUGGCAAAGGUUGCAAUUGGUUGAUUCACAUCUCGCUUCGUGCACGAAAAUGCACUUGGGAGGUUAGGAGAGAGGAUGCUACAGUUACGAUCAAGGUCUUGCAGGAAGCAACGGAAGCCAAUUAUGGAUUAAGGCCUAGUUACAGGAAGGUUUGGAUGGCAAAGCAGAAGGCAAUAACACAGAUAUACGGAGAUCGAGAAGAGUCGUAUGCUGAGUUGCCACGUUGGAUGCUAGGGGUCCAAUCCACCCACGUGCGCAACACCAUUCAAUCGGUACAUGUGAACUUCGUCUUCUAUGGCUCCACCGCGCUAUAG